AUGGAUACGGAAAACGUUCCCAACAAUCGUCUCGCAUCGUACAAACAUGGCUCCAAGUCGGCAUCGGAACUUCGCCAACGGCGCCACGAGGUGACGGUUGAGCUGCGCAAGAGUAAGAAGGAGGACCAGCUGCUGAAGCGCCGUAACAUCACGGAAGAUGACGGGCCGACGUCGCCACUGCAGGAAAACAACGCCCAAAGCCCGGUGGCGCUAAGGUUCGAGGACAUCAUGCAGCACAUCCGGAGCGGUCAACCGGAGAAGGAAUUCGCCGCCGUACAAACGGCGCGCAAGAUGCUUAGCCGGGAGAAAAACCCACCGAUCGAUAAGAUCAUCGGGCUGGGUAUGGUUCCGGUGUGUGUGAAGUAUCUCGAGGCUUCGGAUCGGCCGGCCCUUCAGUUCGAAGCGGCUUGGGCGCUGACCAACAUCGCCUCUGGUACGUCCGACCAAACCAAGGCGGUGAUUGACGCGAACGCGAUACCCCGCUUCAUUCAGCUGCUCAGCUCGCCCUCUGUGACGGUGGCGGAGCAGGCCGUCUGGGCACUCGGUAACAUUGCCGGCGAUGGUUCGAAGGCCCGCGAUAUUGUGCUGGAGCACAACAGCGUGGACGCGAUCAUAGCCCUCGUACGCAACGGCAACACACAGAUCUCGUUCCUGCGCAACAUCGUGUGGCUGAUGUCGAACUUGUGCCGCAACAAAAACCCGGCCCCUCCGUUCAACCGCAUCGAACCGAUGAUCCCGGUGCUGUCCGCACUCCUGGACCACGAGGACUCGCAGGUGCUCUCGGAUGCAUGCUGGGCACUGUCCUACGUCACAGAUGACGAUGUGGUGAAACUAGAGUCGGUUGUGACCGCUGGAGCCGUCCCGAAACUGGUCCGCCUGCUGGGUACCAACAAUCCGGCCAUCAUUACGCCGGCCCUGCGCAGUGUCGGUAACAUCGUGACGGGCAACGACACCCAGACUGAUGCUGUGAUAAUGGCGAAUGCGCUUCCUCUGCUCACGAAUCUCCUACGCCACACAAAGAACACGAUCGUGAAGGAAGCCGCUUGGACGGUGAGCAACAUUACGGCCGGCAACCAGGGCCAGAUCCAGCACGUGCUAGACUCGGGCAUCUUUAACGUGCUGAUCGACGUGCUGACACAAGGGGACUUCAAAUCGCAGAAGGAGGCCGCCUGGGCGGUGACGAACACGACAACCGGUGGCUCGACCGAGCAGAUUAUUCAGCUGGUUGAGAAGUACCCGAUGAUGAAGCCGUACUGCGAUCUGCUUGAGGCGAAGGACACUCGCACCGUGCGUGUGGUGCUGAGCGGAUUGGGCAACAUCUUCCAGAUCGCAUCCCAAAUCGGUGGCCUGGAGAACCUGUGCACGCUGUUCGAAGAGAUCGGGGCGCUCGACAAGCUGGAAGCGCUGCAGAGCCACGAGAACGAGGAUAUCUACCAUAAGGCUCUGCAGCUCAUCGAUGCGUACUUUAGCGAUGGGCAAGACGUUAAUGAGGAGUGCGCUCCGAAGGAAGUCAACGGGGCGCUGGAAUUCAACCCUACGACGCCGCAGAACGGAGGGUUUUCCUUCUAAAUUUUCGAAGACUGCGUGGGGGCGUGU